AUGGACUUUUCCAGCUGCCAUACUUUGUCCUGUUUCUUUCAGAUAAAGUAUAUGAUGCGUCUAUGAAGGCAAUAAAGACGAACUUCUGUCCCUUUCUGAACAUUUUUCAAUAUGUAUUAUCGAUGACUGUACCGACAGCCACCGUAAUAGGACUACUGAUUGCACUGAAAAUGCAUGAUCAUCGGGGUCGUAGAGUCACUGUGUCACUUGGUGUUCUGAUUGCAUUUGCUGCUGGAGUCUGGAUCAUAGUCUAUCAGACUCACCACAUUGCAUUCCUUAUUCUCAUUCAUCUCAUCGCGAUAGGCAUGGGGUUUAUCCGUCAGGUAAUCCCUAUUCUACCUACCCAGAUGGCCUCCUCGGCUCAGAGAGAGAGAGUUAGCCUAUGCUUUGAUGUAGGUCAUUCAUUGGGAGGCGCCAUAGGUUUAGUUUGUACCUCCACUCUUACGUAUUUUAGUUCCUUGGUAGAUCAUUGGACUGUUCCUAUUUGGGGUUUUGUUAUUCUAUUAGGUUUCUUAGGUUUAGUGUGUAUUCCACUUUUUUUUAUUAGGCUAAGAAGAGAAAGGGGUUACACUAGGCCAUUUCGCAUGCUGCGAGGUAGAUAUUCGUAUGCCUUUAAACUGCGGUUGGGCUUCUUGAUUUCGUCUCAGGCACUACUUCAUUUAGGGCCAUUUCUUUCUUAUGGUCCUUUAAUCUUACAGUCAGUAGACUUGUCCAUUAUGCCCACCAAUAUAGGUGGGGUAAUAAGUAGUGGUUUAGGUAUUUUAGCUAUACUUUUCGUGGUUCCUUUUGUUGCUCGUGCAUGUGGAGUAGUGUGGCCCGCCAUGGCAUCGACGUUUGUCCUUAUGAUAUGUCAGCUUUCUAUAUUUAUUAUUUUGAGAAAGAGUAGUGGUUUAUCCGUAAAAGUGCACCAUCUCAAAAGCCGUUUGGGAAAGAUGGCCACAGGCUUUGUUAUGAUGACGUAUCUUUCUGGCUUCAUAGUUAAAGGACUAAUUGGCACACUGACUCCCCCCUUACCACGAAGGCUGGAAACAACCGGAGAAGGAGUUCUUUUGAUAGUGGAGCUUAUGUUGGGUGCAAUGUUGAGCACAUUGUUUUCUUUUAUGGGAUGUUGGUUCGAAGAAUAUAUUUUUCUAAUUUCAG